GUGAGGGCUCGGGGCUGACGCGGGGUAAUUCUUCUCCUGCAUUUACUUUUGGAUGGAAGUAUGCACUUUUCCCAAUAGAAGAUGGUAAUCUCAGAGAAUGACCAUGGAGAAGGGGAUGAGUUCUGGAGAAGGGCUGCCUUCCAGAUCAUCUCAGGUUUCGGCUGCUAAAAUAACAGUCAAAGAGUUGGAAACAAAACAGUCCCAUAAGGAGAAGCAAGGGGGUUUUGUGUUGGUACAUGCAGGUGCGGGUUAUCAUUCUGAGUCCAAAGCCAAGGAAUAUAAACAUGUAUGCAAACGAGCUUGUCAGAAGGCGAUUGAAAAACUACAGGCUGGUGCUCUUGCCACAGAUGCAGUGACUGCAGCUCUGGUGGAACUAGAGGAUUCUCCUUUUACAAAUGCAGGAAUGGGAUCUAAUCUAAAUCUUUUGGGUGAAAUUGAGUGCGAUGCCAGCAUAAUGGAUGGAAAAUCCUUAAAUUUUGGAGCUGUUGGAGCGCUGAGUGGAAUCAAGAACCCAGUCUCAGUUGCGAACAGACUCUUGUGCGAAGGGCAGAAGGGCAAACUCUCAGCUGGCCGAAUUCCUCCCUGCUUUUUAGUUGGAGAAGGAGCCUACAGAUGGGCAGUCGAUCAUGGAAUACCCUCUUGCUCUCCUAACAUCAUGACCACAAGAUUCAGUUUAGCUGCAUUUAAAAGAAACAAGAGGAAACUAGAGCUGGCAGAAAGGGUGGAAACAGAUUUCAUUCAACUAAAGAAAAGAAGACAAUCAAGUGAAAAGGAGAAUGACUCAGGCACUUUGGACACAGUGGGUGCUGUAGUUGUGGACCACGAAGGGAACGUUGCUGCUGCUGUCUCCAGUGGAGGCUUGGCCUUGAAACAUCCAGGGAGGGUUGGACAGGCUGCUCUUUAUGGAUGUGGCUGCUGGGCUCAAAAUACCGGAGCUCAUACUCCCUACUCCACAGCUGUGAGUACCUCAGGAUGUGGGGAGCAUCUUGUGCGCACCAUACUGGCUAGAGAAUGUUCACAUGCUUUACAAGCCGAAGAUGCUCACCAAGCACUGUUGGAGACUAUGCAAAACAAGUUUAUCAUGCAUAUUGAAUGUAAGAAACAGAAGCAUCCCAGUUUCAACCCAGAAGUUCCUUAUGUGGCAUGGCUGAUGCAUUAUUCUUAAAGGAGAAUCUUGAGAUAAAACUAGGCAGUUUUAAUCAGUUUUCUCUUCUUCCUCUCCUUUUACAAAUAAGAAAAAUGCAAAAAUCACAAACAAAAUAAAAGCCUUGUUAUUGUAUUAAAUUACUAACAGAAUUGAUCAGCAGCAGACUAACAAGAUAGAUUUAUCAGAAUAAGUGCAAAUGGGUAGCCAGAAGCAGAAGUCUAACUUUGUAGGGCAUAGGGCAUUCCUAGCUAAUGUUGGUUUUCUAGGUUUCCUGUUUAUACAAGAGCUCUAGCCUCCUCCUUUAGCCUGGAAAUCCCAAGUAUUUUUGGAUACUUGGAGCUUUUAAAAGAGCAGAGGAUGAUUUGUCCAUAGUAGAUGUGUUCUUACUCACGCAGACCUUUAGGAAAACAAAGAAAAGACCAUUUAAAUUAGCUACUGAGUUUUGAUACCUAGAAAUAAUUUGGUAAUAUUAUUUAGAUAGAAAGCAAAUAAUAAGCACAGUGCUGAAAAGGAAAAAUAGUGACAACACCUCUGUAAACAUGUUACAUUAAAAAGAACUGUUAUUUUUGUGGCUGGCCUAUUUGAUUUCAAAGGUGGCCAGAUAUUAGCACUGUGGACUUGAUUUUAGAAGUUGGUGCCAUCACCUAAUUGGGAGCUGUGGAGCUCUUUACAGUGGGGACUUAUUUUGAAUUUUGUGCUAAAAGACGUUUAUGAAAUACUAGGAUGUAAUUAAAACCACACAAGGAAUUUGUUUCAUCCCAUGCAGAAAAGAAAUAAAGAUCUUUGUUUCCAUAUUAGAAAUUUUUUUUUCCUUGAGGGUACUGAUUAGGUGAUCAAAAAGCUUUUUUGUCUUUUCCUUUAGCUUGUGAGCAUAUGGACAAAACCACUAAUAUUAAUUAUAGUAAACUCCAUGCAUAUAAUUAUAAUGUUAUAAGAAGGAAAGGAAAAUUAAAUCGUAUGAAGCUGAAGGCUGAGUUGUACAAUAUAUUGACUGGUUCGUUUGAACAGACCUUCUAUUACACUUGGUGGAUGUGGAUAAAUAAAUAAGUCCAUAUAUUGUAAUGCUCACAAUAAAUUUUAGAAUUGUUUUUGUGGUUGUAAAGUUGCUUUCCCACAUUGUAACCUAAUGUUCUUUGUCGCCAGAUAUUUGAGCAUAAGUAUGAUUUUUGAGUCUGUGAAAACCACGUAUUCAUAAGGGAAGAAUAUGGUGUAUGUAAACAACAUUAUUCUGAACCUAUUAUGAAUGUGGUAGAACCAAGUUCAUUCAUUACAGUUAAUUAUGGGAAGCUUAUUUUGAGUGCUUCUCACAUAGUCCAUCUGAGGCUCAAUGACAUUGAUGAUUUUCUGCUAUGUUACCUUGCUUCUGGCUUGAUUUUCAGUUUCAUAUUGGGUAUUUUCUUUAUUU